CACCUCUACGGACGUGUUUUCAAUUGGUUUUCCGUUGGUGCCGCGAGUACUCGUACUUGUUGUUAAGUGCGCGUUUCGUACCGCGCCGCGCUAUUGUGUUGCUCACGUUUGUUUAGAUUUCUUUUUAUCCACGCCAGACAGCAUUAUCGAUGGUGGACGCACAGACGACGAGGACUCCCAACUCUCUUCCACUCCAAGCCCUCUCGGUCUCCCCCCUACCACUCUCCCCCGACCACUGUUCCAAAACAUGUCUGACACCAUCGCACCCGCAGAAGGAAUCCGUCCUCUAAUCGCAGCCAAUCCUUCAGCAGCGGGUAACGCAGUGGACCACGAUCCCCAGCGAACAGCCAAGGAAGUGGAGCAGGACACCUUCGAGGCCUACAUCACUGCGCCGCUGAAGAUCGUAGAGCCCUUCGAGAAGUUCGAGGAGGAAGAGGAGGAGAAGGAGGAAAAGGAGCAAAAGGAGGAAAAGGACGAAAAGGAGCAAAAGGAGGAGGGUUCCCGGGAGAAGGAGCAGGACAGCCCGGUGGGUAACAUAGAAAAGCCAGAGAUUCUGGCCGAGAACGAGGUCACCAGUGCCAAGGUCAAGAAGUCGGUCAGCUUCAAUCCCAACGACGAGGAGAUCCGCAAGUUCACCACAGGCGAGCCGAUCGUCGACCAGAAGAACCCGUUCCGCAAUGGUAGCGUGGCCACCGGCCGGGAGAAGAAGACGCCUCCUCCGGUGCCCACCAAGCGCUCGACCCUGAGUGUCCGCAAGACGGUGACCCAGCAGCUGAGGGAGCGGGAACGGGAGCGGGAACGGGAAAGGGAGCGGGAAAAGGAGAAGGAGAGGGAGCAGCAGAAGAACGAGUCGAACAGCCGGAGGAACAGGGCCAGCAGGCCAGCGAACCAGUCGCAGGCGGACGACUAUGUGACCACCGAGGAGGUGCUCAAGCAGUCCAAGUACGUGAAGACGUACAUCAAGAACCCGGACGCCGUCUUCGUCUACGACCCCACGGUGCUGGCCCGGCUCAAGUCGGAGGAGCUGCAGGAGGCGACGGGGAAGCUGCCCAAGCGGAAGCAGCCGCAGUCCAAGGAGCCACGCAACCAGGGCAAGCAGGCCCGCAAGCAGCCGGAGGUGCGAAAGCCACAGCCCACCUUCAAGAAGUGCUCCAAGCCCAACUACCCGGAGCUGGCCAACCUGAAGAUCCGCACCGGCACCCACUCCGAUCCCGAGAGCAGCGCCCUCCUCAAUCCCGCCGAGGUGACCAGGAACGCGCGCAAGUUCGACGAGCGGGUGCGCAAGCUGCAGAUCACCUCGGACGACGACCUGGACGACAUCGAUGGGCCGCUGACCAAGAGCGAGUCGAGCGACGAGCUGGCCACCAGCUCCUCCGUGCCCCCCAGUCCGCUCAAGGCGGUGCCCUCGCCGGGCACCUUCACCAACACCAUCAGCUCGGACGAGUUCCAGGCGUACCUGGACAGCAAGGGCCUGGCCCUCAUGCCCCGACCGGAGCAGGUCUCCCCGACGCCCUCGUCCCCCUCCCCGCAAGUGCGGCCUACACCCGCCUCCGCCGAGGAGCGGCGCCAGCAGGUGACCGAGUCGCUGGCGGCGCUCCGCAAGAGCAACACGAAGAAGCUGUCGGUGCUGCAGCGGCUCUCGAACAGCCUCUUCCCGGCCAGGCGGAAGACCAUGCCCAAGUCGGAGGCGCCCCUGCCGCGCCGCCUCUUCCACGAGCCGGAGAAGGGGGAGGAGCUGCGCCGCAAGGCGGACGUGCCCUCCGAGAUCCGACGCGUCCUGCUGGAGCGCCAGAGCCUCAACCGCCGCCCGAAGGUGGCCCAGGUGGCCCAGGAGCAGUCGCCACCCGCCACCGAGCAGAGCAACCGCGGGGCCACCUUGCAGAGAUCCACCCUGGAGCGCAAGUGGCCGGAGGCGCAGGCGGGCCGGAUCAGCCGCUCCACCUCGGUGGAUCGCAGCCAGUCGAUCCCGAGUCCCACCCCGAUCUCCGCCAGCCCCGUGGCCACCUCGACGCCUGUGCGCGGCCAGAACCAGUGGGACCAGCUGCGGGCCAUCAAGGAGGUCACGGACCGCCAGCUCUACCACAAGCUCCAGCAGCAGCAGCAGCUGCAGGGGCAGCGCCCCAGCGAGGACAUCUACUCCCAGGUGGUCCAGGUGGGCCAGCCCGAUCCGGCCAGCUUCGUGCGCGGCUCCCUCCAGCGCAACACCUUCUCCGGGGUGAGUGGUCGCCACCGGCAGGUGGUGGUGGUGAACGGCACGCCCAUGCGGCAGGUGCAGCCGCCGCGCUGCCAGAGCGUUCUGGACAACCUGGUGCCAGGUGGAGGUGGCUCUGGGCAGCAUCCUGGAGUGCAUCCCGGACUGCAGCGGGGCCAGACACCGACGCCCACGCCAACGCCCACGCCCGUGGUGAUGCGGCGAAGGGACGAGCACGGACAGACCCGCCGGAUCGGGGGACUCCUCACGCGCGAGGAGAUCCUGGAGAAGGUCAAGGAGUUCUGCCGCAAGAGCAUCACCAGAACCCCGCUGCCGGAGUCCAAGGCGCAGAUGCAGAUGCAAAUGCAGAUGCAGCCCAUCUACAAGCGGCACCUCACGCCCCCGAACGCGGAUGUCUCGCCAGUGUCCUACGCCUCCGUGGACGACCAGUGUGCCCGGCCGCAGGUGCCCCAGCGUGUCCAGAGCCUGCCCCUCUCGCAGGGGCGGUAUGUGGCAGGGGGCGUGCCUCUGGACGGGGCCUCGCCCAUCUACGCCCACGUCAGCAAGCGGAACAGCCUGCUGUCCAACGUCUCCGAGCAGUACCUGUCCAGCCAGCAGCUGGGCACCCUGCCCCGACCCGUUCCCCGGAACCAGCUGGUGCUGGUGGACACCGGCGAGGGCGUCCAGGUGGCCCAGCUGGUGGACUACCUGCCCUACGUGCGCCCGGCUCCGGUCCAGUCGCAUGUCCAGGGUCACCCGGUCCACCAGGGCUACCUCGUGCAGGACGGCCGGGCCACGCCCCUCAUCCUGGACCACUCGGCCCAGCAGGCCAGCCAGAUCUACUGGACGCCACAGCACCGCCAGCGGAUGUGCCACCCAGUGGCGGCACCACGCCUCAUCAAGGCGAUGCCCAGCUCCAGGAACAGCACCUUGAGCCGCCACCUGGAGGCCAGGAUCGGGAACGCCUCCGACUGGGAACUCAGCUCGGAGGCCGGCGAGGUGCGGCGGAUCAUGGAAAAACAACUAUAA